GUUCUCGAAAAUAUUCAUCUAAAUCAAAAAAACACAGUCAACAUACACCUGAUGAAUUGUCUCUUGAAUAUAUUGAUGAAAAUCAUAUUGCUGCAUUCGAAAAAGCCCUUGCUGAGGAUCCUGAUAAAGAUUUAACGGAACACAUUGCUGCUAUGAGUGAUUUCAUGCCGAUCCAUCAAAAUGUCAAGAAAAAAGUCAAAGUACCAAACGGAUUUGAAGAUCUUGAUUCAUAUUUAGAUUAUGAUAGUUGGAAAUAUGAAAUUCCAUUUGGAUAUUAUGAUUUUAACCUUUUGCAAAAGGUCAAUCUAGAUCUAAAGAACUUAAAACAAGGUCCAACCGAAAAUUUAGCAAUGCUAAAAAGUGCUCUUCAACAUUGCGUAAAGAACAACUUUGCUGGCGUUGAAAAUGUUAGGCUAUAUUCUCAAACUUAUUAUGGAACUAAACAAAUUGUCGAAGAAUAUUAUGAUGAAGCCGCUGAAUCCCUUGAUGUUUUACGGACCACCAAAAGUUUGCCAUUUGAAGAAAAGCGUAAACUUUUUAGAAACACUUAUAAAAAUUAUGGCAGAACAGCUUUAUGUCUCAGUGGUGGUGCAUGUUUCGGUUAUUAUCAUCUUGGUGUCGUUAAAGCUUUAUUCGAUGCUGAUAGCUUGCCCACAAUUAUCACUGGUACCAGUGCUGGUGCAUUAAUUGCUGCCUUAGUUUGUGUGAGAACCGAUGAUGAACUGGCACAAGUCUUGAAACCUGAAUUAUGCCAACGUCUUACCGCUUGUUCUGAACCAUUUCCCAAGUGGCUAAAAAGGUGGUGGUUAACGGGUGCUAGAUUUGAUGCUAAGGAUUGGUCUAGAAAAGUUCAAUGGAUCACAAAAGGAGGCUUAACUUUCAGGGAAGCAUACGAACGAACCGGAAGGAUUCUAAAUAUUUCUGUUAUACCAUAUGACCCACAUUCUCCGCCUAAAGUUUUGAAUUAUGUUACUGCUCCUGAUUGUGUCAUCUGGUCUGCUG